UAAAACUAAAGAAGAAGAAGCACCCGGAAGUUACUAGUAACAGUUGAUGGGAGUUAGAACUUGUUUUAAAACUGCUAAAUAUACAUUUUUACCAAAGUUUUGAUUAUGUUCGGGACAUUUUAUUUGAGGUUUUGAAAUAUUAAGUAUUGGCACUGUCUUGUCGCCAUUUUCUUGACGUUGUUACGCCGUUGAGCAGCUGCAGUACAGUGGAAACAGUCUCUACUGUAAACAGUUGGUUUGUGACAUGGCUGUGGACUGGAUCGGGUUCAGCUAUGCUGCUCUGGUGACAGUAGGAGGACUCAUAGGUUAUCUGAAAGCAGGCAGCGUCACCUCUCUGGCUGCAGGGCUUCUGUUCGGCCUGCUGGCUGCCGUCGGUGCUUAUCUGGCAUCUCAAGAUCCCAAGAAUGUCUGGCUGUCGCUUGGCACCUCGGGAACUCUGACGGUGGUGAUGGGACUGAGAUUUCUCAACUCCUGGAAGCUCAUGCCAGCUGGUUUGAUGACAGUAGCGAGUGGACUGAUGCUGGUGAAGAUCAUUAUUGGAAUGACAAAGAGACCACAUACAUCUUGAAAGUUUCUAAAUAUAAAGUAUCUUCUCUCUG